ACCUGUCUGCAGCCGGGGCGCAGCUGGGACAGACGCUGACUCGGGGAAACAGAGUUUCACUGACUUUUAGACACGUGCCGAAGGUCGUUAGGACGAAGCUGGUUCUGGGAAGGAAGUGAGAAGAGACUGAGCUGACCUGAGAACGUUAACGAUGGAGCCGCAGGUGAAGCGUUUGAAAGGCUCGCUGUACGACUCCGACUCAUGGACGGCACUUCCUGUCCUGUCGGACGACCAGUCACAGGACAUCCAGCUGGUCCAGGCCUACGCCGCGCCCAUCGUCAACAAGAGGGAGACGUCACGGCUCGUCCGGGAGCUGAACCUCCGGUACCCGCUCGCUGGCCUGCAGCACAUCAAGAGGGUGCGUGCGUGUAAGGAGAAGGGCAGUCCUCACCCUCUGGAGGUGCUGGUGUGUCUGGUCAGUCAAGUGCCAGACUCAAAGGACGCCACCACCGACUCCCUGUUCUCCUCCGAGGGAGUGCGGCCCGAUGGACUGGGUGAACUCUUCGUGGUUCAGGUCCCCUCACGCCCCCCCCUCACCAGACCUCAGUUUGAACUGGCCAGCAAACACUGGCCCACGUCCUUUCACGAGGACAAACAGGUGACGGUCGCCCUGAAGGGGGAGCUGUUCAGCUCGGCUCAGAAAGCUAACAUGCACGGUCACAUGAUGUCUGCGGUCGCUGCUGCCAGAGCUGCUCAGGAGCUGGGGAUGGAGGCGGUGGGGGCCGUGGUGGUUGACUCUGCGACGCAGAGGGUGGUUGCCGUGGGUCACGACUGCAGACGAGACCACCCGCUGCACCACGCCGUCAUGGUCUGCAUUGACCUGGUGGCCCGGAGCCAGGGGGGGGGCUGUUACUCCUUUGACAAAUAUCCUGAAUGUCGGUUCACGGCACCAGAAUCAUCCCACGAUGACCGCGUUUGUGACUCAAACACAGGCUCGCAGCCUUACAUAUGCACCGGCUAUGACCUUUAUGUGACCCGAGAACCGUGUAUCAUGUGUGCCAUGGCACUGGUCCACUCCAGGAUUGGCUGCCUCUUCUAUGGCACCAGCUCUGCUGACGGGGCCUUGGGGACUAAGUUCAAAAUCCACUCUCUGAAGGAUUUGAACCAUCGCUUCGAGGUCUACAGAGGAGUGUUGAGGUCACAGUGUGAGGAUCUGAACAGAAACAGGAAGGAUUUAGAAAACUAACCUUUAAUCCAGGGUUCUUUUUAAAAAAACAGUUCCUGUGCCAUCGGUUCUUUUUUUAUAAUUGCUGUAAAGUUUCUGCCCAUGUUUUAAAUUCCAUUAAAUUUUUUUACUUUAAUUUCAUUCUCAGAUCAUUAUCGUGGGUUGUCACAGAAACAGGAAUAUUCAAAGUAAAGAGCUGAAUACACACUGUACUGCAGUACAACAUGCUGAGUAAUACUUGGUGUACUAUAGCAGAAAUGUAACAAAGUGAACCAGAGACGCUCUUAAUGAUUUGUCUCAACCUCACAUGAAUGUUUAUUACAUCAUACAGAACCAAACAUUAACAAAUAAAACAAAAAAAAAAA